UGGCGAGCAACUACAAGUGCGGCCUGCACACCCUUCUCACGAUAGAACAAACGUCCGCAGUGGGCCUCGCGGUGCAUGCACAGGCGUACCCUGCCUCUGAUAUAUAGUAACCCAGGCUUUGUCUGAUGAGGCAGCAAAGUCCAAUCCCAGACACCAAAACAAUCGCUUCAUCCCACCCACAUAUUAACAACCAUGACCUCCACGCCCGAUCUCUCCACUUCAAAGCACACACGCUCGAACUCUCAAGUCUGGCAUGACCGGACAGUUUACAAAGAAGGCGCCACUAUUAGGGUCUGGAUGCGGGACCAGAACGGUCACACAAACAGAGAUUUGGGUACCAAGUUUCGUUGCAUGUUGUUGCUCAGAUGAAGCCAGUGAAGAGAAUCAGGUAGUACUUGAUUUGAUUCCUCUUGCAGCAUUAUCGACUAACUUUGGCAAACCCCAUGUACGGAACUGGCAAUUGGAAGGAUUGUUGGGAGAAGAGGCAGAUGUGAUAACCAUCUUUGUAUGA